AUGUGCCCUGAAGUGUUGAGGCCAUGAGACCUAUGAAUGGUUUCGGAAACCGGCGUAGCUUUGUUAACCUCUUUGAGAAACCAAGAUGCGUUUGACGGUCACAACAGCCUCAGGGGAGCUGUACCAGCUGGAUGUCAGCGAUGACUUGGAACUGGAGAAUUUGCGGGCCUUUGUACAGGUGGAAGCCAACAUCGCCCUGGAGGGGAUGCAGCUCGUGCACGAGGGACGGCGCCUGACCGACGACAAGAAGACGCUGAAGGACCUCGGCAUCCGGGAGAACGAUGUCCUGUUUGUAGACGCGCCCCGGGUGCGGGCCACGCAGCCGUCGGUCGCCGAACAGCUGGCGCAGAUCGACUUCGGCAGCAUCCGCGUGCCGCCGGUGCCGGCGCCGGGCGGGCGGCCGGCGGCGCCGGCGCGCGAGGACGACCCCUCCUUCAUCCGCGAGAUGUUCCUGGCCAACCCGGACCAGCUGGCCAUGCUGAAGCAGAACAACCCGCGCCUGGCUGAGGCUCUGCUCAGCGGCGAUGUUGAUCAGUUCGCGGCGGUGCUGCGCGAGCAGCAGGAGGCCCGCUCGGAGCGCGAGCGAAUGCGGCUGCGCAUGCUGAAUGCCGACCCCUUCGACGUGGAGGCGCAGCGCCUGAUGGCCGAGGAGAUCAAGCAGAAGAACAUCGACGCCAACAUGGAGGCGGCCAUGGAGCACAACCCCGAAAGCUUCGGGUCGGUCAUCAUGCUCUACAUCAACUGCACCGUCAACGGACACCCGGUCAAGGCUUUCAUCGAUUCAGGCGCGCAGACGACCAUCAUGUCGGCGGCGUGCGCCGAGCGGUGCCACAUCAUGCGCCUGGUGGACACGCGCUGGAGCGGCAUCGCCAAGGGCGUCGGCACGCAGCGCAUCCUGGGCCGCGUGCACAUGGGCCAGAUCCAGAUCGAGGACGUGUUCCUCACGUCGUCGUUCUCGAUCCUCGAGGAGCAGCCCAUGGACAUGCUGCUCGGACUGGACAUGCUGAAGCGGCAUCAGUGCGUGAUUGACCUGAAGAACAACGUGCUGCACAUCGGCACCACGUCCAGCAGUACCCCCUUCCUGCCGGAGUCGGAGCUGCCAGCCUGCGCCCGCCUCAGUAACAGGACGGAGGAAGAGGCGACGGCCGACUCUGUGCGUGACGCGGAGGACGCAGACUUGGCGCGCGCCCUGCAGGAGAGCGCCAGCGCCGCUUCAGCCGCCGCGGCCGCCGGCCCAAGCCCGACCGCUACCGCUGCCGCUGCCGCCGCUGCCGCCGCGUCUGUGGCGGCGCAAGCGCCUGCUGCAGCGGCGUCUGCUGCAGCGCGAGCGCGUGCUGCAGCGGCGUCUUCCGCCACUGCCGCACCCUCCGGGGAGUCCUCGGGCGCCUCGCUCUCCGUCCAGCCAUCCGACAGGUUCACCGAGAGGGACGUGCAGAUGAUCAUCAACGCCGGCUUCCUCCGGUCUCAGGCGUUCGAAGAGCUGAGGAGGUGCGGCGGUGACAGCACGAAGGCGGUGGCGGCGCUGUUCGCGCGCUCAUUCAAGCUGCCCAAGAUGUGAUCUCCGGCGUCGACGCGACCGCGCCGGCCCGCUCGUGCUGUAGACCAGCCCCGCGCCACCGACGACACGCAGGCGGCGUGCUCGAACUCAUUUCUGGUUCAUGUGUGCAAUCUCCAAUCCGAGAGACUCGCUUCAUGGAUGCUUCGUGUCCUGACUUUGGCAGCGGUGGGCGCUGUUCUUGCGGGUCAACAUGUGAACAGUGCCUGUAGUGUGUGUGGGUGUGGGUGACCUCACAUACACACGGGUGCAGCUGUACAGUUCUGAGGCACUGUCCUUGUGACCUCACACAAACAGCGUGAACCACCUGCUGAUACGUGGGGGCUCGUCGCAGGGUUCGAACACCAUCAGAAACUAUAUGACUUCACCACAUUGUCAACCACUGGUGUGUCCUUGGUGGCACUUCCAGCUUAUGUUGUGACUGAGCAUGCUGUCUCAUGAGGAGGACUGAUGUAAAAUUGCCAUGUCUCGUUUUAGCAGUUGGUUUUAUUGGCAAGGACUAACAUUUAUGGUAUAUAUUUGCGAGUUUUGCUGUGAACUGUGUAGUUCUCUGCAGAUGAAAUGUGCAAAUUGUAACACAGUACUUUUGCAUUUUAUGAUACAGUACUGCAAUACACCACCAA